AUGCUCGAUGAGAAAGGGCUGCCCAUGGCGGGAGGGAAGAAGCACUUGUUUGACGGGCAGGUGCUGGCAGAGUACAUGAUCUCGCAAGGGAGGUUCGAGAACCCCUACAACCGGAGGAUGCUCACGCGCGAGGACUGCCUGCGGUUGGACAAGCACUGCAUGGAGAUAGGUGCUUCAAGACAGCUCCAUGGAAGGAUUUCUGUCACCGAGGCCUUCGAUCUUCAGCAAGCCAUCAAAGUCGUGAGGAAGGAGCCUGCUAGUGGGCAAGGCCCAGGUUUGGUAGUCAUAGACGACGACAAAGACGAGGUUGACCCAUGGGAGCGUCGCAAGCAAGGCUGGACCAUGGAGGAAACAGAUUUUCCCGACUUGAUAGAUCAUUCCAACAUCCUGGCAGAUCUCCGAGACGCGUCGCUAGAGGACUCCGACUCCUUUGUCAGGGUUGCAGAGCGACUGGCAGCUCAGGUGACCUGCAUCGAGCAGGCAGAGAGAGAAGCAGAGAACCAAGAAGCUGAGCUGGAGCAAGCUGCGGUCCAAGCUUCUGAAAGGUUGAGAGCUGAAGAGGAGGAGAAAGAAUGGGAAGAGGUGGAAGAUGCAAUCAAGCUCAAGAAUUUUCUGGAGCACAAAGAAGAAGAAAAGCAGAAGAAUCUUGAGGCGAAGAGACAGCAGGAGGAGGAGGCUAGGAUUGCUCAACAGAAAGCAGAAGAAGAAGCAGCUGCAUUGGCAGAGAUGAAGAAGAUGAAAGAGAAACUGAAGAAGAAGAUGAAGAAAGAGAGGGAGAAGGAGAAGAAAGCAGCUGAAAGGGAACUCCGAGAAAAGGAGCAGCAAGAAAUCAGCGCGAGAGAGAAAGAGGAGCAAGCACGUCAGAAAUCCUCUGUACGGCCACACACUUGCACAGCUUCCGCUUGA